AUGAAUGGCCGUUGUUGCCAAUCACAACAGCCACACGGAAUUGAAAAAAGCAACAAAGUAAAUUACACUAAUCGUAAUUCUACAGGCUCUACAAAUAGCAGCCAAACAAGUUCUGGAUUUGAAAGUUCUAAAAGUGCUAGCUCUCACCAAUUAGCCCAGCCUUGCCACUCCACUCCUGCCCACCACCAACUUCAACAACAAAACGAAUCUCCUCAAGCCUUUCAAAUAUCACCAAAUGAAGAUAACUCUAUCUCUUCCCCUUCCUCACGUCUUUCCUCUACUGGAUCAUCUACAGCUACUACACAAGGAGGACGUUCUUCUGCUUAUUUUUCGCUUUCUGAUGGACUUGAUUUGUCUUCAACUGGGAUAGGGGAUGUUGAAAGUGGUACUUUAACUACAAUAUUGAAGAAGGGUGAAAGGUCUUCCAAAACAGAAAGAGCAAGAAGAGGAAAUUGUUCACGUGUAAAUAUUGGAGAAAUGUUGGCUAAAGGAAUUCCUGAGCAAGAAAUCUUCGCUGAAUGGCUCCAACGUUUAUGUCUUUCUGAAUAUUUGGCACUCUUUCUGUCCCAAGGAUAUGAUCUACCCACUUUAGCUAGGGCAACACCUGAGGAUCUGACCACUUUGGGAAUUACAAAACCAGAUGAUCGCAAAUGUUUGGUUCAGGAUAUUCAAUGUUGGCAGAAUGUUGCGGACACUUGGCCAACUGACAUAACUAAAGAAGCGCCCACUCGUGACUGGCUAACUGCCAUAGGUCUCAAACAAUAUAUCCAACAAUUUGAACGUCAGGGGUGUUUGACAGUUGGAGAGUUGGAACAAUUAGAGGCUGAAGACUUGGAGGAUAUGGGCGUGCAGAAGUUGGGGCAUGCAAAACGGAUAUGGCUGGCACUUAGAAAAUUGAGGGAAUCAAGAUCUUUCAAGCCUAAACCUAUUCAAAAAGUGUCAUCAGUUCAACCUUUACCUUCACAUAAUAUCCUGCCUAGUACAACUCUGUGGCCUUGUUCUUCAAACGCGGCUGCAAUCACGUCUUCUGCCACAUUGCGAAGACCACAAAGGAAUCCCUCAAUGACUAGUAAUCCAACAAGCGGGACAGAACUGCCAAAACUUAGGGAAAUUGAUCAAAGAGAAAGAGAAUCUACUGGACAUGUCCAAUUCAGAAAUAGCUCUUUUGGAGUUGAUCCAGUGCCGGAUAGAGGACCUCCUAGACUAAAUCUAUACAGGCAUACUUUUUAA